AUGGAGGCUACGGAAACGGAAGCAGGGCCGAACAGAACUCAGCAACCCGCUGGUGAUGGGGUAGAGACAACAUCAAUCCCACCCUCUGAAAAUGAAACGGAAUGUGCUAUCUGUUGGCUAAAAAUCGAAGAGGAUGAGACUACGAUACUUCCUUGCCGCCACGGCUUCCACGCCGAAUGCCUCUGCGGCGAUGUUAUAUCCAGCCACUUCCUCCGCCCUGGCGUUACCAUCCUACCCGAGGAGCUGCAAACAACCUGCCCCUUAUACCAGUUCAGCAUAGACGGGCACGCCGUUCCCCGCGUCGGCCGGCCCCUAAAUCCGGACGCGCUGGAGAGGUGGGUGGAAAUUUACAAGCAACUGGCACUACUCGGAGGCCAGGAAUUACAGAGCCGGAUGUACGCUCCUUGGGUAUUAGUCCAUCCCGGGUCUAAUUUAUUCCAUGAAGAAGACGUCGAUGAUCCGUACGCACCCCCCAACGUCCUCCCGACCGACGGAGAGCUGCACAUGAACAUGGCGAGCUUGUACGAAGGCCAUCGGUCCAGAUUCGUGGAUCGGCCCAAGAAGCACAACUUCCGGUUCGUCGCCAUCGAUGAACCGCAGAAACUGCCCGGCUUUUACAUGUUCGCCAAAUCGAACGUCGCCAUCGCCAUCGAGCACGAGUGGUCGUCGAUGGUUAACACGCACAUCGAGGACCUGCGCUUAGAGUUCGAGCAGUUCCGUAGGCGCUGGCCCAACAUCCCCCUCCCCAUCAACCCGGCCGCCUUCGCCACCCUCACCGGCCUCGUCCUGAAGCUCAAGCUCAAAUACGUCGUCUUCAAGCGCCAGCACGAAGGGUUCAUCGAGUUGAGCCCCGUGGCCGUCCGCUACCGCGACGCGGCCCAGGACGAGCUGCAGAAGAGGCUGGACGACUUCUGGGAGAAGUUCGAGUGGAUCCGUCAAACGCUGUGGGACGCGAAUGAAAACGUGUCCCUUUAG